AUGGCCUCACUAUCCCUCUCAGCCCGUCUGCAAACCGUCGCAGACACCUACAAGAACACCUUAAUCCUGAUACAGCGACUACAAAAGCUUCCAUAUACGCCAGGGGCCUUCUCCAACGCCGACACCGACCCACGUCUCGAGCUUUCGUCUGAGAUACAUCAAUCGCUUAAGGAGCAGGAAGAUGAGUUAGAGACGUUACGGCAGGAGGUUGAUGUUGCUACGGCGAGUAAUUUUAUGGGAGGGUAUGUUGGGGGUGGAAGUGUGAGGAGGAGAAAUAGUGAGCAGCUGCGGGAGCGAGAAAAGAUUGCUGCUUUGGUUGCGAAGCUUGGAGAGGACUUGAAGAUAGCACGAUCUUCCUUUCGAAAAGCACAACUAGAAGCCAAGCGCAAUGCCGAUGCUGCCAGACGAAAAGAACGAGAACUACUUUUCGCUAAUCGAAGUAAAGAUGCAGAUGGUCCGCUGCCUGCAAGACGUAAAGGCCAGGAGAAGCUUACACAAGAUGAGCUCGCGCUCAAUGCCAGCUCGGACGUUACCGCCGCCCUGAGAAGGACCCAUGCACUACUACAAAACAAUGUCGAACAAUCACAAUUUGCGCAGCAGACGCUGAAUGAAUCUACCGAUGCCCUGGCAUCGCUUGGUGAGAGCUAUGCUGGGCUGGAUUCAUUGUUGAAGAGUAGUGGUGGGCUUGUGAGACAGCUGAUAAGGAGUAACAAGAGUGAUACUUGGUAUCUGACAACAGCUUUUUAUAUCUUGGUUGUAACGAUUGGAUGGUUGGUCUUUCGGAGGAUAUUUUAUGGACCGCUUUGGUGGCUGGUUUGGCAGCCAUUGAAAUUGGUUUGGUGGCUGGCCAUGACGACGCUUGCAGGUGUUGGUAUUGUAGGUGGAGAGAAAGCUGCAGCCUUAUCGUCGACCGUUGUUCGAGGGUCGACCACGGUGCCAGGGGCUUCUGGGAUGAGACCUACCUGGGCUUCUGAUAGACCGCCCGCGUAUGUGCCUGUUGGAGCCAAAGGAGGCGGAUGGGGCAUUCCACAACCUCAAGCGACUCCAGGGGCGGACAGCAACAAAGGAGGAACGAGUAUGGUCGAUCAAAUAGGAGAAAUGAUCGAAGAAAAGGAUGCGCAGAAAGACAAGGAGGAGCCUGUUCUAAAAGAGAGGACGGAGAAUGAUCCUCCGAACCCGAAGAAGCGGAUGUACGAACAGGAGAAUGAACACACCCCACAGAAAAGGGAUGAACUGUAG